UCACUACAUCGGCUCCGGAUCCCAAAAUUUCUUCACUCAUGGCGGACCAACUGCAGCUGGAUCAACAAUCAAGAUCCACCGGCAAGGUCUCGUGGUUCGGCGAUUCCAAGGGCUAUGGUUUCAUCACGCCUGAUGAUGGAGGUGAGGAUCUCUUUGUCCACCAAUCCUCCAUUAAAUCUGACGGGUAUCGCAGCCUGACUGUCGGAGAGUCUGUGGAGUUUACUGUUUCGACUGGUAACGGCGGUAAGGCUCAGGCUGUUGAUGUUACCGCGAUUGGUGGGUCUCCUAUCAACAAGAGGGACCGUCGUGGUGGAGCUGGAUAUAGUGGUGGUUGGAGAGGCGGGAAUGAUCGGAGGAAUGGCGGUGGGUGUUAUAACUGUGGGGAUUUGAAUCACCUGGCUAGGGAUUGUGACAGGGAAAGGUACGGGGACAGAAGCAAGAAAGGAAAUGGUGAUUUUGACAAUAACGGCGGCGGCGAUGAGUGUUAUAACUGUGGUGGGGUUGGUCAUUUUGCUCGGGACUGCCGGAAAGAUGAUAAUGUUGGUGGUGGAUCGGGGAAGUGUUUUAACUGUGGGAAGUUUGGGCACUUUGCAAGGGACUGUAAUAGCAGGGGAGCUGCUGGUGGUGGUGGUGAUGGUGCCUGCUAUGUAUGUGGGGAUUUUGGGCAUUUAGCAAGGGAUUGCAACGGUAGCAGAGGAAGUGGCGGAGGAGGAGGGAGGUUUGAAGGAAGCGCUUGCUUCAAGUGUGGCAAUGCAGGGCAUUUUGCGAGGGAGUGCCCUAACCUGAAGGCAUCAGCUUGAUAUAGUGGAAAGAAAGAGUAAUAGUACAUCUUCCUCUUUUUUCCUUUUAUCUUUUGAUUUUCGGAGAAUAUUUCUGAAUUACAGUGCGUUUUGGGAGAUGAUAUUUCUCCUUUUUGAUACAUAGAUUUAGGAUUUUGAUUUCUCUCUCUAUUGAUGCUGAUGACUUGAGAGAAAAUUUUCAAUUGAGUAUUUCUUACCUUCAAGUGUGAAUUAAUAUUCUUCCUACUUCUUAUAUAUAUAUUGGCACAGGGGUUUUGAUGUUAUUUCUUUGUUUAAUUCUGCAUUUAUGUUAUGGUAUUAUCAUUCUGUUUUAAACUGAAUAUCUGUGUUGAUUUGGCCUUUGGUAUUUCAUGUGCCCUUCAAUGGUUGUGAUGGUCAAUGGGAUUGACGUUUGUGUUGCAUUUUCUCCAGCAUUUUAAGUUCUUGGCUUCGGAGCUCAGACCCUGUAUUAUUGUGUGUGUGGCCUUUUAGUAUCUUAUGAUCCCAAUUUUCGAAGGAACUCUUGAUCAUAGGUCCUAGUUAAAACUUUGACAAGCUUCAGUAUGCAUACUGUUCAGAGACAAGGAUUUAUGAAUGUCCAGAGAUGGUUUGUUUUUUGUUCCAAUUAGAAGUUAACUGCUUGUGAUGAGACAGUUAAUUAUGCAUGCAAUGUAACGGGAAUUUGAGCAAAGACGGUCGAGACACCUUUGCCAACUCAUUGUUUGCAAGGAGAGGUGGCUGAUCUUUGCGUACAUGCAAUUCCCAUUCCCAUUUCCAUCAGACUAAUAAGAUAGCCCAACCUAUGCGUCACAAUUGGGCUUACAAUUUUCAGGCUGCUCUGACGUUGCAUCAACUAAGUAUUCCCGUGACUUUAAAAUUAACAAGUGGCACAACCUGAUGCGAUGUUGACUACUUGCACGGCAUUAACAAUGAAGCUUUUCCGGAGAUGAUAAAAAGAAUUGAGAAUUAUUGUCAACCUCAUGGCAUCGAUUUUGCUACUUGGAUGAGAUUAAAGAUACCCUUACUUUUGUCACACAGCCAAACGCAAAAUACAAAUUACUUACACCGUUGUUUUCAAGCUCUCGAAUCGUUAGUUCCGAGCCGUCCCUUCUGAGGAAAACACUAGCAUAGAAUCCCAACUUUCA